GAUGUUACCCGCACGCCGCCGCUAUGCCAGCCUGCUUCUCCUCGCCAGCGCGGGUUUGAUCGCAUUUGUUGGGCCCAGACAGCAGCCGGAGCGGUUGUCGCACACAGCACGGAACGGAGCCAGAAGUGUGAUGGAAUCGUUCUAUUCCGCAGUCAACGGUCGAGAUUUGGAAACAGCUUUGAAUAUGGUGGAUGAUGAUGUGCUCUACGAAGACUUCACAUUUCAGGAGCCCUUCCGUGGCCGUGAAGGCGUGCGGGAGUUGCUUUCCGAUGCCAUGUCCUUACCCAAGGGUUUAGACUUCAUCAUCGACGACGUAGCGGGUGGCGAUUCCUGGAGUGGUGACGAUGCUGUUGGGAUGACAUGGCAUGUGGAGUUCGACGGCGUCCCACUGCCCAACAGCCGCGGCGCUUCCCUGUACAAGACGAAGAAUGGAAAACUGUCCUAUGCACGAGACAUUGUGGAGUCGCCCUUGAAGCUUGGCAGUGCAGCUCUGGGUAUCGUUGGCUUCAUUGCAACUUUGGUCAGGUCUUCCAAGCAAGGAUUGGCUGGAAGCUUCGUGGCGUUUGCCACCGCUGCAAGUCUCUAUUGGUAUGUACUGCUACUGUCUCCUCAAGGUCAAUUUCCUUUCCUCGGUGGUCCUCCUGCAUGGGCCAUUGAUGACACCACCCUGCCCAACGUCAUUGAUGAAUCAUUGAAUUUCUUCUACAUUUGGCCUGGUUUGGACUCUAUCGGUUUGCCAAGCCCAAGCACCUUGGGGAUUGCUUUGCCGGAGGUGGAUGCUAUGAGACUAGCCCUCUUCAACCUGGCUGAAGCAUAUGCCUUUAUGCUGCUACCAUUGUUAUUAUGGGAUCGUCCUCAACGAAAUGUCUACAACUGGUGGGUGCCUGCGAUGUUUCUGACCAAUGCGAUUCUUCUGCCGUACUUUGCGACCCGAGCCCUGGCCCCAGCACCAGCAGAACGACAGAAGCCCAGCUGGUCCCCUCUCUUUGGAAUCUUGGCGUUGCUGGUGGUGGCUGUGGCGAUUUGGCAGUCCUGGGGCCUUUAUGCUGGCUUGCCAUCCUUGCUGCUGGGAGAUCGGGUUGCUUUCGCCUUUGCUGUGGACGCAAGUCUCUUCGCCCUCCUGCAAGCGUAUGUGUUCGCUGAAACUUCUGGGCCUGCUUGGCGCUUUGUGCCAUUUUUCGGCUUGGCGGCGUGGCUCAUUCUUCCAGAAGAGCAAGAAGUGCGCAGCGAGCCGCUUCCUGCCUGAGAGGGACUGGGCUUUUGGGAUAGAAAUGGCAUUGGAGAGCU